CUCCUGGACUUUGCUCAGUGCACGACACAGGCAGCAGCAGGAAGCAGCUGCAGCCCAGGCCGGCUCCGGCUCUGUGGGAAGCCCCCCUGUGCCAUGUGGGCCUACGCAGUACUGUGCAUGCUGCUGUGGGCGAUCGCCUGGCUGCUGCGGGACCGGCGCCGCCUGCCCGGCCUGAUGGGCCGGCACGUGCUGGUCACGGGCUGCGACUCGGGCUUUGGGUGCCGGCUGGCGCAGCGGCUGGACCGCGCCGGCUUCCGCGUGCUGGCCGCCUGCCUCACAGCGCAGGGGGCUGAGGCCCUGCGUGCUGCCUGCUCCCCCGGCCUGCGCACCAGCCUGCUGGACCUCACCAGCUCCGAGAGCAUCGCCAGCACGCUGGCCUGGGUGCAAGACGAGGUGGGCAACCAAGGCCUCUUCGGGCUAGUGAACAAUGCGGGGGUGGCCAACCCCAUGGGCCCCACCGAGUGGCUGCAGGCCGAGGACCUGCGGCAUGUGGUGACCAUCAAUGCACUGGGGCCGGCGGAGCUGACGCUGGGGCUGCUGCCCCUGCUGAAGCGGGCGCGGGGACGCGUGGUCAACAUCUCCAGCGUCCUUGGGCGCCUGGCAGCCGCAGGGGGCGGCUACUGCCCCUCCAAGUAUGCUGUUGAGGCCUUCUCCGACAGCCUCAGGCGUGACAUGGCCCCAUUCGGUGUGCGGGUCUGCAUCGUGGAGCCCGGCUUCUUCCGCACAGCGGCCACCGACCUGGGCGGUAUCGAGGCGGCACUGGGCCGGCGCUGGCUGCAGCUGGACCCUGAGACGCGACGCAGCUACGGGGAUGACUUCUUCCGCCAGUACCUGCAGGUGCAGCGGCGCAUCAUGGCGUGGCUGUGCGAUCCCGACCUGACCAAGGUGACCGGCUGCCUGGAACACGCGCUGACAGCCCAGUACCCACGCACCCGAUACAGCCCCGGCUGGGAUGCCAAGCUGCUGUGGCUGCCUGCCUCCUACCUGCCCGCCUGCCUGGUGGACGCCGUGCUGGCUGCCGUGCUGCCUAAGCCAGCCGGGAGCAUCCGCGGGGCACCUGACACCCCCCAAUAAACCGGCUCCCCCCCCCGCCCA